AAUGGAUUUUUCGGUGAGGGGAACCGUUAAACCGUAUUUAAGUUCGACAGUUGAGGAUUUCCAGGAGGAGAGAAAUUAUUUAAAUGAAAAAAUAUGGCCUAGACUACAGUAUUUCUGUUCGGCGAGGGGAACCACUUUUGAAGCGAUUGAUUUCCAAUCAAAAAAACACGACAGAACUGUUGAACUAUGUUUAUACAAUAUUAUAAAGUCAUCACCAUUCUUUAUAUCAUUAAUAGGAGAAAGAUACGGUGAUAUUCCAGCAAAUUCAAAAUGGUUACGAAAUUCAAUCAACCAAGCAGUAAAAUCAGGAUAUGCCUGGCUAAAAGACAAACCAAAUUUACAAUCGUCUUUAAUUGAACUAGAGUUAACACAGGCAGUAUUUUUAGGGGAAUGUGAAAACUCACUUUUCUAUUUUCGUAAGGCUGGGCACGUCGAAUUAAAAAAUCUCAGCGAUGAUGAAAGAAUGAUAUACGAAAGUUCGUCAGAAAACGAAAGGCAACGAGCUCAUAAUCUUAAAUCAAAAAUUAUAAAUAAAGGCUUAAAGGUUAAAUAUUAUACAACACCUGAGGAGCUUGGAGAACUAAUUUACGAUGAUCUUACAAAGGUCAUUGAUUCUCUAUAUCCGUUAUUAUCUAAACCCUUCGAUAAUUUGCAAAAAGAGGAUUAUCUACAGAAGACAUUUGCUCUAAAUAGGCAGAAACUUUUUAUAAAAACUCCUCAAAUUGAAGAAAUUACAGACAAAUUGAAUAAAUUUAUCAAAGGUUAUUACACCGAUAAGAAUCUUCUUCUUCUCUGCGGAGAGAGAGGUUGCGGCAAGUCAUCUUUAAUUGCCUAUUGGCUGGAGUCUCUUGAUGAGGACAACUGUCUAUACUUAGAGAAUGGAGCGAAUGUCUUCUAUCAUUUCGCAUCUUGUAGCUACGAUAGUUCAAAUAUCUUGCGAAUGCUUGACAGAAUUUCAACCAUCUUACAAAAUCACUUUAUAGGUACUUCCGAUGCCGUUCAAAUACCAAGAGAAACAAGAAGUUUACCUGAAUACGAGCAUUCUAAACAAGUAUUUGAAGCUUCAUUAAAUCUUGGUCCAUGCCUAGUAAUAAUAGAUGGCAUUGAUGAAUUAAGGACUAGUUCCAACUUAGAUAGCUCAAUUGUCCGAACUAUUUCAUGGCUUCCAGAGGCUAUUCCCUCCUUCUGUAAAUUGAUUCUUGUUACUUCAACAUCGGAUUGUACUUGUGGUGUAUUGAGAUCUCGUUUAGACACUUUAGAAGUUAAUUUUCCGGGCAUUCUUAGUAAAAGACAUCAGAGGAAAAUACUGGAAUUGUACCAGCCAAAAAUAAAUCCAAAUAGUCUAAGCAAAAUUUUCAAUAAUCGCAUGGCUGCAAGCCCUCUCUUUUUAACAGUAAUUGGACGAGAAUUACGAAAAUUUUAUAAUAAAGAUAAUACGGAUGAUUUAAUCGAAGCUUUUUGCGAGGCGAGAACAAUGAGAGACUUGUGGGCAGAAAUAUUAAAAAGAUGGAUAAAAGAAAUUAGUUGGUCCCCAAAACCCCUAACUCCUACAAAUCUCUUCCAAUUAGAUUUAGAACAAGAUUCUACUGAUAAAACUUCUGACUGGCUUUCGGAUCUGCUUUCUCUUCUUGUUGUCUCUAGAGACGGCCUUGAGAAACGGUUGAUUUUUAGAGUUUUACAAAGUAUGAAUUACGUCCAACACGCUCAGGUGACUGAAUUCGAUUAUGCUUUAUUUGUUUGGUUGACUGAAGAUUCUAUUCUUCAAUCGCCAGUUGAAAUGACUUAUCAGUACUUUCAUGCUUUUAUGAAAGAAUCAAUGGAGCACAUCAUAAUAGAUACAAAAGAGAGAGACAUCGUAACUAAGCAGGCGAUUUUCUCUAUGAAUAAUGUAACGGAUCUCACAACUCCUGGGGGAAGCAUUUCAUCUCAAAGAGGUAAUUCGGCACCACCUAGCGGAUUGAGAUUGGAACUUGUUCAAAAUUUAAUAACAAACUUGAAAGAAGAUGAUCUAUUAAACACUGAAAGCCGUUAUAUUAGAGAAUGUUCACAUCAGCUAAGAUUAUGCAAAAAAUGGAAAGAAUUGACUGAAUUAUUGACGAAUCAUAAAGUAUGCGAAAUCUAUGUUCAUCAAAUAGAAGAAUAUAAAAAUUACUUGAUACAACCAAUUGAAAAAGAUAGAGAAUUAGCCGAAAAUGGCUUAGUCAAUUGUCUCAUCAAUUUUGAGAAAGAUCAACCUUGUAACGAUCGAGAAAACUUAAUAUAUAAAACCAGCUUUAUGAUAAAGAUAUGCAAAUGUUUUAUCCAUUUUGCAUUCUACAAACGAGCCGAAAAUUACUUAUUGACUAUUUAUAAUCAAUUAUACGAAAGAUCGUCCUUUGGCGAACAUUUAGUUUUGUCCUCACGGGCUGAUGUUGAAUACGAAUUAGCUGAACUAUAUGAUCAGUUAAACAAUAAAAGUUCCGCCAUUAAAUGGUAUAAUCAAUUAACGUCAACCACCUAUGAUCUUUUGAUGGGUAGAUCGAAUUUUGAUUUGACCUUGUCGCAAGUAAAUAAAUUUAAAAAUUUUCAAGCAACAGCUUAUUUAAACAUAGUCGAUAAUUCAAUUGGAGAUGCAACAACUGCGUCUAAUCAAGAUAAAAUACUUAAUUUACUAAAAAAAGCCGAGAAGAUCGUUGAAAACAAUGAAGAUUUAAUCACUAAAGCAAGAUAUUUUUCUAUUUCUGGAAGAUUUAGUUUGAAAUUGGGACAGAUUGAGGAAGCUUUCAAAUAUUUAAGCGAGUCCUUAGCAAUUAGAGAGAGGUGUUAUGGUAAAAGUCAUCCCAUAGUUGCUGAAUCUUUAGAAAGACUAGCCAUUGUUGUAAGCAAUCCCUAUCUAACCCAAUAUAACAGAUUUGAAUCAAUGAAAUUGUAUGAGAGGGCAAUAAUUAUUAGAGAAAAGUCUUUGGGAAAAGAGCAUUUAUCCAUAGCUGAUUCAUUGCAUCAAUUGGCGUUAGUUGUGAAAAAAGAUCAUUCAAAGUCAGCUAAUCAAAAGUGUUCUGAGUACUUAAAAAGGGCAAUGGAUAUAAGGAAUACUAAACUUGGUCCUAAACAUCCCUCAUCUCGUUUGCUAUUAAGAGAUUUAACCGAAAUGGAAAACAGAAAAAAGAAAACAACUCGUACCGAUCAAAGGACACAUAUUAGGAUGUUUAGUAAUUUAAGCUGGCGAGAGGUUGAUUUGUUCAAAUUAGAUCAAAGAGUUUUACAAUCUCGUUUAAGCAUGGUAGAUGAUUCUAGACCAAAGUCUGCUGGUUUUAAAUAUUUAACACUAAACGAUACACUCACUCCUCGCUCACCACGUCCUAAAUCAGCUGCUCCGAUUAUCAGGGAUGACAAAUCUAUCACAAGUGGACCUGCCACGAGUAUCUAUCGUGUUUUAGAUGAAUACAAAUUAAGUACGGGACUUCGCCUCAGAAAAAAAGAAGAGUUUAUUCAUAAGUCUGCUUGGUUUCAUGUCCCAGGUCGAUAUCCGACAGUACGUAAGCCCUUUCCACCGAAAAGAAUUCAAAUAAUGAACAGACUUGUAUCAAAGGGUAAUGAUUUUAGAUAG